AUAUGGUAUCUUCAGUUGUUGGAUGAUUUAGAGAAUAGUUUUUCCAAACAAUUACAUGCAUAACUCAUGAUUUUUAUGACUCAAACUUUAUACUCUUGGCAUCAAAUUUAUGGCGUUCCAAAGCAUCAAACACUUUGCUCUCGAGCUGGACGGUCAGGUUGAUAUUGUGUACAGCAGCGGGGAGAUGGUCACUGGCGUGGUGAUCCUGGAGCUCAACCGGGAGAUCAAGGUCCGGUCCCUGAGGGUGUUGGGAAGAGGAGUCGCUAUAGCCCACUGGCUGGAAAACCGCAGUGUCGGCGUCAACACCGUCUAUAACGACUACACGUCCAAGAUUACUUAUUUCAGGAAGAGACAGCAUCUUAUCCGAGAUAAUGGUGAUCUGACAAUCAUUCCUGCUGGGAGACACGAGUACCCUUUCAGUUUCCAGCUGCCAGAGGAAACUCUAGUGACUUCCUUUGAAGGCAAGCACGGCAGUAUUCGAUACUGGGUGAAGGUUAAGCUGCAUCGCCCAUGGGCCACCGUCAAGAAAAUCAAGAAAGAAUUCACCGUUAUCGAACCCAUUGACAUCAACACUCCUAGUUUACUGGCACCUCAAGCUGGAACCAAAGAGAAGAUGGCUCGCAUCUGGUACGCAACUGUGGGCAGGUGUCAAUCAACUGCAAAGAUCGACCGUAAAGGCUACACUCCAGGUGAAGUGAUUCCGGUGUUUGCGGAAUUCGAUAUCCACUCUCGCUCCGUGGUGCCGAAAGCUUACAUAAACCCAGACGCAAACCUUUAUUGCCAGGGGCACCAUGAAGCAAAACGAGCUGUGGUGGCCACGUGUGCGGUGACAUAGUUGGCCCACGCCGCAGGGAGACCUGGCAUGGCCGAGCUAUCCAAAAUUCCACCUGUCGGCCCCUCCAUCCUACAAUGUCGCAUCAUCAAAGUUGAAUACAUGCUCAGGGUGUGUGUUGAUGUUCCUGGAACAUCCAAGCUUUCCUUGGAGCUUCCUCUGGUGAUGGGUACCAUCCCUCUGCAUCCAUUCGGCAGUCGCACGUCUAGUGUCAGCAGCCAGUACAGCGUCAACAUGGAGUGGCUUCGCAUGGCCAUUCCUGAACAGCCUGAGCCUCCUCCAGAUUACAGCUCUGUUGUCACAGAAGAAGAAGCAGCUCAGAAUUCCACAGCAGUCCAACCUGAAGAAGACCUCAGCGGUGUGCUGCAGCGCUCGCUCAUGGCCUACAUGCAGGAGUUCAGAUCACGCCCACCACCAGUGUACAGCGAGGUGGACCCGAACCCUCAGCCUAUCACGAUGCGUCGUCGCUGCAUGACCUGUUGAACUGUUUGCCAGCUGAGCAUCGUGUGAUGUUUGAAACAAACGAAGCUGAGAUUUGAUUCUCCUGGACGCCUCUCUGAGACUGGUACUUGUUUGAGCCGUUCGCAUCUGUGCUUCCUCCAGCGGUGGCAGAGAAAGGAGGAGAUAUCUGGACCAGGCAAGGCAGAGCGCUUUCUACAAACAAAGAGGACAUUCAGGAGCGGGACGAACAAAGGUUCAUCCCCUUGUUGUGUCCCAGAGAAUGAUCAGACUCUGGUCUGUGCCUAGUCCGAUUCAUUGCCUGUCACACUUGUACGUCGAAUCAGGGAAUUUUGGGCACGAUCACUAAUUAUGGGUGAGAAGCCAUUCAGAGAUUAUACCCAUCAUGCCUGCGAAUGAGAGAAGAGUUCCUCUCAGCCAGCAUUAGAUGUUAGCAGGCAUUUGUGAUUCCGUCCUUACUCCCAUAAAUAUAUCAUGGCGUAUAUCAUCUCAUUUUGGUGUUGAUGUUAGCCAAAGAGAUUGGUUUAAUGUUCUUGUGCGCACGGGUAUUCUAUGCAAAAGGGAACCUUAAGCUUUAAGGAUAUGAUGUGGGGGAAAUUGCAAAUGUAAAUCCUGGAAUUUCGUGUUUUUUCCUCCUGUCGGAGUGGGAUUUAAACAACUCCAUGUUAAUGUAAUGUUGGCGUAAGUUUAUUCUGACAAAAGCAGAGUCUGUCAUCUGGAAGAUCCUAAUGUCAGGAUGAAUGGAAUUUAAGACUGAUUGUGUCAGAAUAUCGAUGGAUAUAUAUAUUUUGGCACAUAGUUUUUCUGCAUUUAUUGUUUGCCAGUGGAUUAGGGUAAAACAGUGCAGGGUUAAAUAAAAGCUUUUGACAGUUAGCUUUACAAACGAUGGCAGGAAUAAACAGCCAUGUGUAUCCAAGGUGCCUUUGUUGUUUGAGGUGAAAUGAUGAACAAAUACAGGGAUUGUGUCACAUUAAGCUUUCCUAGUCUUAUAUGACUCCCUGAAGUGUCCUUACAAACAUUCCAAAAAUACCACAGACUUGGUUCAUUUCCAGAUUUUGAAAAUGUGUAACUUCAGGUUUAAAUACAAUGAUUGUUUAUGGCACUUACUUUGAAUGUAUUUUUUAGAUUGUUGUUAACAUUUGUGACAAGUAUAUUUUUUUGUUAAUCACCUUUAAGCAAAUAAAAAGAAAAACAAUUCAUAAGAA